AUGUCGUCUUCGAGAGCAUCCCGCCUAGUCGGGUCAUUGACAAGGACUUCCCGACCCCGUCUCUCGACGAGGGCGCAGAUUUUAUGCCCGUCCACCACUCUCCGCCCCUUCGCGACAAACAAGAAACCGCUGAGCGCCGCGGGCGUACCACGGCCAAGUCUUAGCCAGCGCCUCAGCCGGUUCUCCCAUCCGCAAAAGACGCAAUCCCGCAGCAUCUUCAUCCAGACCGAGUCCACGCCCAACCCGGAUGCGCUGAAGUUCCUGCCGAACCACCGCGUGCUUCCCGAAGGCAUCUCGACUCCCUUCAUCGAAUACCUCUCGCCACGCGACACUAUUUCCCCGCCAUACCGGUCUCAGCUCGCCUCGCAGCUGAUGGCCGUCGACGGCGUAACCUCCGUCUUCUACGGCACCGACUUCAUCACCGUCACCAAGGCCGCCGACGUCCAGUGGGCACACGUGCGCCCCGAGAUCUUCGCGCUCAUUACCGAGGCGAUCACGUCCGGGCAGCCCAUCGUGAACGUGGUCGAGCGCAAGGAAGGCGACGAGGCGGGAGCGGGCGAGGGCAUCGAGGAGGUGGACAGCUUGGCGUACGACGAGAACGACAGCGAGGUGGUGGGCAUGAUCAAGGAGCUUCUGGAGACGAGGAUACGACCCGCGAUCCAGGAGGAUGGCGGCGACAUUGAGUUCCGCGGGUUUCAGAACGGCCAGGUCAUGCUCAAGUUGCGCGGGGCUUGUCGCACUUGCGACUCGAGCACCGUCACUCUGAAGAAUGGAAUUGAAAGCAUGUUGAAGCAUUAUAUUGAGGAGGUCGAGAGCGUCCAUCAGGUCACUGACCCAGAGGAGGAGAUUGCCAUUGAGGAAUUCGCCAAGUUCGAAGAGAAGCUUAAGGCCCAGAAGCGCGAGGCCAAUACCGCAUAA